UAUAGAUUACAGAGGACCUGGCAACAAGAAGGUUGACUGGCGCAGGCGCUAACGCUCACUUUUCCACAGAUCGGCCUGAGCAAAAUGGCAUCAUCAGGAAGAAAACAGAACAAGAAGCCUAAACAAUCAGAAGACUCCUCACACCUUCAGGCUUUUGACUUUAAUAUAGAGGAUGUAAAGAAAGGUCUUAGUGGCUCUGAGGAUGAGGCGAGAGAAGAAACUCCCAUCAUUGAGAAGGUGGGCAAGAAAAGAUCUGCUAGUACAUUUGAGGAAGAUGACCCAAUUGUAGGUGUAGGGAAUGAAGUUCAGACAAUGUUCGAAAAGUUUGGAGCUGACAUCAGCAAGACAAUGCAGGCUAAGAGGAAGCGCCUGGAAUGUUUAACCAAAAGCUCUCUGAAAGGCAGCAACCAGAAAAUAGAGCAGCUGUGGAAAACCCAGCAUAGCCAGAGGCAGAAGCUGACGCAGGAGUACUCGCAGCAGGUGCAGUCAGUGCUGCGGCAGUGGGAGACCGAUGUUCAGAAAUCUGAGGAGCAAGAGGAGAAACUGAAUAGUUUCUUUCAACAGCAGCAGAAGCUCUUCCAGCAGGCUCGGGUUGUGCAGAGUCAAAAAAUAAAAACCAUAAAAGAACUGUAUGAGCAGUUCAUCAAGAACAUGGAUGAGAUGGAGAAGACUCACGAGACUUUCCUCCAGGGAGCACAGAUGGAGCUGAAAAAGGACAUGGCUCUGCUGCAGAAAAAGAUAAUGAUGGACACACAACAACAGGAUAUGGCCACCGUGAGGAAGUCACUCCAGUCAAUGCUGUUUUGAAGUCUGAAGUACUUUUGUUCAUUUUAAAGACUUCUUUAAUGCUCAUGCUGUAAUUAUCAAUGUUUAGCAUAUGAAAUGGAUGAAAUUAUCUGGUGUAAGUGAAUGACAGAUUGUGUUCCUAUUCUUUGUUGCCAGGUAUUUAUAUAUACAAAUCUGUAUAGAUUUUUUCUCAAAUGAAGAAUAUGUUGAUGUCUUUUUCAAAAUAUUCGGCAGGGAAGAUGCCUACCAAAAGUAGAUACAUGUUUAACAAAUGUAUUUUUUCCAUUCCAAUGUUAUGAAAAAAUCUUUCUACAUUGGUGACAGGUGAACAUUAGAGCUGAUGUGCAAAAGAUUUUGAAGCUGAAAAGGUUGUCAUUUUUGGAAUGUAUUAAAGACUUCUAAUAUUA